AUGAUUGAGAGUGUCAAUCAAUGGCAAUUGUUCAUGUCACUGUGGGAAUUUGUGACAUCAGGGGCAUUUGAGUGGUGUAUUCAGGGAUUCCUCCCUCCAGCCCAAGAGAAGACUCUACAGGCUAUCUGUGAUGUUAUUAAACGAAUGAUUGCACCUGAACUCACCAUAUCUGAACUACCUCAACUCCAAGCUGAUACACAUGAAGCCCUUGCUAUGCUGGAAAGAGACUUUCCACUUACAAUGCAGAAUCUCACAACCCAUUUAAUUCAUCAUAUUGUGGAUGACUUGGCCAAACUUGGCCCCAUGUAUGGGAGAUGGCUGUUCCCGUAUGAAAGGGCAAUUGGCUGGAUCACAAGGCAAUGUUUAAAGAAAGGGAUGGAGGAAUCUACUGUUAUGGAAACAUACGUAAUAUAUGACUGGUGUAUUUACAUGAUUUUGAGUCAGAAGUUCAAUCCCAGUGAUGUGUUUGGUGGUGAGAAGUCCUUGGUGAAGAUAAGCCAACAGGUAAUGGAGGAGAUGAGCAACGAGUCAGGUUCUGCACCAAACAACCAACAACCAACGAAGAAUGCUAGAAGUCUGCUGACGAAGGAAAUGAGACACCACAUGCAGAACUUCUAUCUAAUGGACUUGAAGAUUAGUGCUAUAAUGUUUACAGACACUGUGACUGAACACCAUGGAACGCUCGAUAUUACAGAUGACAGUGGUAGGAGCGUCCGAUAUGUCGGUGACAAAUACAGAGGGAGUAAGCCACGGUCUAUCGUAAAGCUGCAUAGUGUAAAUGGCGAUCUGUUUGGGCGCAUUUGCUUUUUCUUAGAGCAUGUAGUUGAUGGAAGUAUUCAUCAUUGGACAAUUGUUGAUGUGUUCCCUCUGGCUGAGAAAUGCGGUUCGUUAUAUCUUUUGGAAGACAAUCCAGUUAGACGGCAGCUUUUUCAUGUAAGCAGACUUAGCAAGCCACUCGUUCAUAGUAAAAAACAGAAUACGAUUUGGAUUCUCGGUCUUCGGUGAUCUGGAUGGUGACAGUGAUGAUUCAAAUGGAUCUGAUUUGCUGUAACAAUUGAUGUAAUAGUGUAACAGGAAUACUUUGUUGUGACUUGACCAGAGUUCUCCAUUAUUUUAAAUUAAUGGAAAAUCUGUAGUUAAAAUUAAUUUCUUAUCUUGUGUCACUGGUUUUGAUGUGCAUAUUAUGAAACACAAUAAUGUAGCUAUGUUAAAAAUAUAUUCAACAUGUUAACCAAUUUCAAGAAAUUAAGACCUAAAAAUUAUUUUGGCAUGUUUAAAG